AUGGCAGCAGUCCCUACCACUAUCCGCGCUCUUCUCCACGAGCACUCAACAAAUCCUGUAAAGGAUACCUUGAUGGAGUCAAGUAGCAACAAACAAUGGGCAAAGACAUAUCAUCCCAUCAAACAUCUGGUCGUCCACACACAGGCCCAAGGACCUGGCGUCGUUGGUACUUUUGAUCGCGCCUUUCUAGGAGAAUAUGACGACGAGAAUCUCCGCCUCAACGAGCCUGCAUACCCACCCAACUACCGGAAUUGGCGCAUGGACACUGAACAGGAUGCAAUCGCAUGGUUCAAUGCCGAAGUUUCCAACGUUGUUCUAAGCGCCUUUGCGGUAUACCCCGGGGUGAUGAACUGUGGUCACGAAAAGCCCCUUUCCUCCACUCGCACCGACGAAACUGUCGACACAUCAUACUCAAUAGAUGCUAGCGGGGGACGGACGAACCUUGUAAUAGGCGAGUUUAAACGGGGCACUCUGAAAAGGGCGCGAUGGCAAGCAGGUUCGUUGGGCAGCGGACAAGAAUCUCUCUCUCGAGAACUCAGAGGCUACGCACACAAGUACGAAUGCCCACACAUCUUUUGCUUCGAUGGCUAUACCUUGCUGCUGCUCCAAUUCCAAGCCAAGAGCCCCAAUGAGAUCAAAGACGCAAAGUGUGUGGUGGACUGUUGGGUGUUCCCUCGCGAUAACCCCCACGGCACUCCCCUACGCUAUGCACUCUACCGAUUCUUGGUACAGGGCUUCCGGCGGUGCCAAGGUACGCGAGCAACAAAGAUGUCGCUUUACGGCGUGCGCCCUACCUUGCGGCUGUUUUACAGCGGCUUGCCAUUGUGGAAGCUGGAAGAUGGCAACUUCUAUGCCAACCCUUGGGGACAUGAGCGCAAACUUGACGCUUCAUGCGGUGCUUUUUACUGGACAGACAAGGACGGUAGGGUUCCCUUGCUAGGCGGCGAUAAUAAUUGGGUAUGGGAUACAGAGUCCUUCUGGCAAACACUAACCCAACAAUCAGAGGGCGACUCUGUCCCAAUGGUUGUGGAAGACUUGUAUGGACCUGACUGA